UCCAAAGUACGUAUUUAUCUGCUAGAGUUGUGUUUUGAACAGUUACCCUGCUUUUGAAGACAUCGGAUAAUGGCCUCCGGUGCUGGAAUUCAGAUACCGAGCCGUCUGCCGUUACUGCUGACCCAUGAGGGAGUCCUCCUCCCGGGCUCCACCGUCCGGUUCAGCGUGGACUCUCCACGGAACAUGCACCUGGUCAGCCAGCGGCUGCUGAAGGGGACUUCACUGAAGAGCACAAUCAUAGGAGUGAUUCCCAACACCAGAGACCCAGACCAUGACACCGACGACCUCCCCACACUGCACAAAAUCGGCACCGCGGGGAUUGCAGUGCAGGUGGUGGGUAGUAACUGGCCGAAGCCCCACUACACCCUCCUCAUCACUGGAUUGUGCCGUUUCAGUGUGACGAGUCUGCUAAAGGAGCGACCCUUUGUCCUGGCAGAGGUGGAGCAGUUGGAUAAACUUGAGCAGUACACAACCCCGGCAUCAGACGGUGUCACAGCUGAAGAUGGAGAGCUCGGGGAGUUGUCCCAGCAGUUCUAUCAUGCUGCCGUUCAGUUGUUAGGUAUGUUGGACAUGUCGGUUCCAGUGGUGGCUAAGUUUAGGCGUCUGUUGGACAGUCUCCCAAGAGAAACUCUUCCUGAUGUUGUGGCCUCCAUGAUCCGGACUUCAAACAAGGAGAAACUGCAGGUCCUGGAUGCUGUGAGUUUGGAAGAGCGAUUUAAGAAGGCUCUGCCCAUGUUGACCAGACAGAUAGAGGGGCUCAAACUGCUGCAGAAAACCAAGAAGAGAAGUCCUGACAAUGAAAAGAGGGUGUUAUCAGUGCGUAAAGGUGGAGUGCUCCCAGGUCGACCGUUCAAUCUAGAUGAGGAGGAGGAAGACGAUGAUGGUAAUGACACCGUAGCCUUGGAAAGGAAGGUCCACGGGGCCAACAUGCCUGAAGCUGCACUUAAAGUUUGCCUCAAAGAGCUCAAGAGAUUGAAAAAGAUGCCUCAGUCCAUGCCUGAGUACGCCCUGACCAGAAACUACUUGGAUUUGAUGGUAGAGUUGCCUUGGAGCAAAAGCACAAAAGACUGCCUGGACAUUGGAGCAGCUCGUACUCUACUAGACAAUGAUCACUAUGCCAUGGAGAAGCUGAAGAGACGUGUGCUCGAGUACCUGGCUGUUAGACAGCUGAAAUCCUCACUGAAGGGCCCCAUCCUAUGCUUUGUGGGGCCUCCAGGAGUGGGCAAGACCAGUGUGGGCCGCUCCAUAGCCAGGACUCUGGGCAGAGAGUUUCACCGCAUUGCUUUGGGAGGCGUUUGUGACCAGUCUGACAUCAGAGGACACAGACGCACAUAUGUAGGCAGCAUGCCCGGCCGCAUCAUCAACGGUUUGAAGACGGUUGGAGUUAAUAAUCCUGUGUUCCUCCUGGACGAGGUGGACAAACUGGGGAAGAGCCUGCAGGGAGACCCAGCAGCUGCUCUGCUUGAGGUCCUGGACCCAGAGCAGAAUCACAGCUUCACAGACCAUUACCUCAACGUGGCUUUUGACCUCUCUCAAGUGCUCUUUAUCGCCACAGCAAACACGACAGCCACCAUCCCCCCCGCCCUGUUGGACCGCAUGGAGGUGCUGCAGGUACCAGGCUACACUCAGGAGGAAAAGGUGGAGAUAGCUCACCGUCACCUGAUCCCAAACCAGCUGGAGCAGCAUGGAUUAACACCUCAACAGCUGCAUUUACCACAGGACACCACACAGAAUAUUAUCAGCAGGUACACCCGUGAGGCAGGUGUACGCUCCUUGGAAAGAAAGAUUGGGGCGAUCUGCAGAGCUGUGGCUGUGAAGGUUGCUGAAGGUCACAGGGUUGCUAAAACAGAGGACACUGUGACCCCUGAGGCUCCAACAAAGACAGGAGACAAGGCAGCGCCUCCAGAGAUGCCCAUAGUGAUCGACCAUAUCGCCCUGAAAGACAUCCUGGGACCCCCGCUGUUUGAGAUGGAGGUGUCUGAGCGGCUCACCCUCCCUGGGGUGGCUCUAGGUCUGGCCUGGACCCCACUGGGUGGAGAGAUCAUGUUUGUGGAGGCCAGUCGAACAGAAGGUGAAGGUCAGCUCACUCUGACGGGACAGCUUGGAGACGUCAUGAAAGAAUCUGCACAUCUGGCCAUCAGCUGGCUCAGAGCCAAUGCUAAGACCUACCAGCUUACCAACAUUGUGGGAGGUCCAGAUCCACUUGAAGGGACUGACAUCCACCUCCAUUUUCCAGCUGGAGCUGUCACCAAGGAUGGCCCAUCUGCAGGUGUAACCAUAGUAACCUGCCUUGCCUCGCUGUUUAGUGGGAGAUUGGUCAGGUCAGACGUUGCCAUGACAGGAGAGAUCACGCUAAGAGGGCUGGUUCUGCCGGUGGGUGGGAUCAAGGACAAGGUCCUGGCAGCACACAGAGCGGGAGUGAAGCGUGUCAUCCUCCCUAAACGUAAUGAGAAGGACCUAGAAGAGCUUCCAGCCAAUGUCCAGGCUGACCUUGAUUUCAUCACCGCUGUAAAUUUAGAUGAAGUUCUAAAUGCUGCCUUCGAUGGUGGUUUUCCUGCCAGCACCUGCACACACCCACAGCUGAGCAGCAAACUGUAACCCACUGACACAGCAAACACGCAUGAAGCAGAAAGCAUUCCUGACUGGUCCUCAUGCAGGACUGAGUGAGUCAUUCUUGAGAUCAGAGAGUACAACGAGUUAAAUCCUGAUGUGUAGCUGCAGGAAAAGUCAGUCAGCAUUAUUCCUGACAAGUCCCAUUAUUAAUCUCUCACCAUCUGAAAAUUGUUUGCUCUUGAGAUUUUCUUUCAAAGGAUUAUUUUUCUAAUGGAGGGUUAAUUAGAAGGAAACCAUGCAGACAUUAAGAGUCAAGCUCUUAAGAGUGCAAACUGUUUAAAGUUAAUCUAUUAUAACGAACAGCUAACAUGAGAUAGAGUAAGAUGACAUAACCUCUGAGUGUUGCCAUGCGAGUGCCUUUUGGGUUUAAGUAUCAGCUUUUCCAGAUUAAAUGUUGUUUUCUUGGAUAUUAACAAAAGCUCUGUGGGUAGCUGACGACACCGACUUAGCUUUAAUAAAACAGUGCUGAAUAAAAAGGGUGAAGCAGUUUGCUUAGAUGGUCUGUGUACGUGACGAUGGAUGCUGGAGGUGGGUCCAGAUGCUCCAUGUAGACCUUUAGCAUGUGACAUUACACUGCCUGUCCUGCACUGUCUGUUCCUGUCUAGAUGGCAAAAGAGGCAAAUUACUCACUAGAAAUAAGUGUUAAAUAAAUACACCUGUCCACAAAUUCCUAUUAAUCUUUGUAAUGCAGAUGUUGAACAUGGGAGGUUUACAAAGCUUGGAAUGUCAGUAUUAGAUGUCUUCAGAUAAUUUUAGAAAGGUAAGAUAAAGCAUUUUACAGAGAAGUUGUAUGGGCUAGCAAACACAAGUACUAAGGUCAAAAUCCAACCCUGUGUACUGGUGACUUUCAAUCAGAUGAGAUAUUGAAAACAGGGAUGCGGAGUUAUUGGCAGGAUACUGAUAUCGGCAGAUAUUGGCUUAAAAUGUUAAUUACAAGUUUUGGAUGGCAGAUUUAAAAAUUCCUGCUCAUAAAUUGCAUCCUAUACAUCGACCAUAUGUACCAUUAAGUUUCUGGUGGUUUACAGGACCAUCAGCCGUAGUCUUCAUCCUCAUUCCUUUAACUUUGAAGUGUACCUAGGGGCUGAAGUUUUGUUUCUUUGUUCAUCGUAGUUUUAAGCAGACUCAGUCUUUCAGUUACUUUCUCUUAUUUUUAUGGCUUCCAAAAAAACCUCUGGUAGAAUGCAUCAGAUGCAUCUUCCAUCAGAAUGUUUUUAAUCCUGGUGUAAUCUUGUGUAGCUUGAUUACAGCGGUUAGAUGGAUGAAGUGGUCUUCUAAUUGCGGAUGUUGAAAUUGAAAAGUAAAAAUUGUAUUGUUUAACAUCUUGAAAUGAAAGAGUACCGGUCGUUUGAUCUUACCUUGUGAGAUCAUAAACUGUGGCUGUUCCCAUAGAAUGGUGGAGAAUAAUUCUCUUUAAAAAUCUACCCUUCAUAGAUGCGAGGUUUGGUGGUCAGGCUGUGGAGCAUAACUGUGUUAUUGAUCUGUGACUAAAAUGACUUUUAAUAAGAGACAAGGGAACAGGGAAAGUCUGAUUAGAAUCAGUAAAAAUUGUUUAAAGCUCUAUGAUUUGUGUAGAGACUUUUAUUAGCGACACCCUUAAUUUCACAAAAUGCACUUUGUGUCCUGUUAAAUAAAUGUUCCAGAUUCUUGAA